GAAUCAAAAGAGCGACGGAACAGCAGUGAGACUACUUCCGCUAAUAACAAAAACUGCUAGCCCGAAUGGAUCUGAAGUGUAUUGUCUGGUCUUAGCUUUAGCACGCAUCUAAAAAAACGGACCAUAUGUUAGUGGAUUACUCUGAAGACCCACAUAUAAGUAUUUUACGACUGACCCAAUGUGUAGCUGCCUGUACUGUUGAGCGCUAUAAAACAAUCCGCCUGCUGUUAGCUUACAUGCUAACGCAGCGGUUGCUUUAUCACGUCGGUUGACAUUAGUUCGUUGUUAUCCGUUAUAAACAUGACCUGAGACUGACUGUGACCCGGAUCGAAAGUUAUAACCAUUUAUAGACGCAUCUGAUUUCCAGACCAGACAGCUUUCUGACCAGAUUUUACGCACUCCGCGGGUUUGCAAAAUGAAGAUGUUCUCAGUAGCACACAAGACGGUCUUCGUGGUGGACCACUGUCCCUACAUGGCCGAGUCCAGUCGGCAGCAGGUGGAGUGUGACGUGCUAACGAAGAGCCGAGCCCAAGGGGUCAUUCCUCUGGCCCCCGUGUCCAAGUCCCUGUGGACCUGCGCGGUGGAGUGCUCCAUGGAGUACUGCAGGAUCCUCUUCGAUGUUUACCCAAAGGACAAGCUGGUGAAUUAUAUUGUGAGUGACUCAGAGUUCCACAUAUUAAACACAUGGAGGCGAGAAGAUCAGAGCACCCAUGAACUAAUGUCGGCUCUGGCAGCUGUCGGGCCACCAAAUCCACGCGAGGACCCGGAAUGCUGCAGCAUCUUGCACGGCCUGGUCGCCGCCGUGGAGGCGUUGUGCAAGAUCACGGAGCUGCAGCAUGAGAAGCGCACGGCUUUAAUGGACACAGCGGAGAGAGUGGCCAACAGAGGGCGAAUUAUCUGCUUAACUAAUGCUAAAAGUGAUACUCAUGUGCGGAUGUUGGAGGACUGCAUCCAGGAAACCAUUUCAGAACAAAACAAGCUGGCAGCAGGCUCCGACAGGUUGAUGGCCAUCCAGCAGUGUGAUCUGGUUCUAGUCCACAUCUACCCACAGGGGGAGGAAACAUUGGUGUCGGACCGACCCAAGAAAGAGAUCUCCCCGCUACUCACUAGUGAAGUUCACAGCGUGCGUGCUGGGAGACAUCUGGCUUCUAAACUCAACAUUUUGGUCCAGCAGCACUUUGACUUGGCCUCCACCACCAUAACAAACAUCCCCAUGAAGGAGGAGCAGCACGCCAACACGUCGGCGAAUUAUGACGUCGAGCUCCUGCAUCACCGAGACGCACACAUUGAGUUCUUCAAAAGCGGGGACUUGCACAUGGCGGGAACAAGCACUAGAGAAAAUGGAGUGAAAGAGACGAUGACGCUGAAAUGGUGCACACCCCGGACGAACAGCAUCGAACUGCAUUAUUGCACAGGAGCCUACCGCAUCUCCCCUACAGACGUAAACAGUCGUCCGUCGUCAUGCCUGACAAACUUUCUUCUUAACGGGAGAUCAGUGUUACUAGAGCAGCCUCGAAAGUCGGGGUCUAAGGUCAUCAGCCACAUGCUCAGCAGCCACGGAGGCGAGAUCUUCCUGCAUGUCCUCAACAGCAACCGCUCCACCUUGGAGGACCCGCCCUCCAUCAGCGAGGGCUGCGGCGGCCGAGUGACGGACUACAGAAUCACCGACUUUGGCGAAUUUAUGAGGGACAACCGGCUCACUCCUGUGGCGGAGGCUUCUCACGAUCCUUCAGGGAAACUGCCGGUAGAAAGGGCCAAAGCUCAGCUGGAACGUUACACCAGAUACUGGCCAAUGAUCAUCUCCCAGACUACCAUCUUCAACAUGCAGGCGGUGGUCCCAUUGGCUAACCUCAUAGUGAAAGAGGCUCUCACUGAGGAGGACUUGCUAACCUGCCAGAAAACCAUCUACAACCUGGUCGACAUGGAGAGGAAGAACGACCCGCUCCCCAUUUCUACAGUCGGAUCCAGAGGCAAAGGCCCCAAGAGGGAUGAGCAGUACCGCAUCAUGUGGAACGAGCUGGAAACGCUGGUGAAGACGCACGCCGGCGCCACCGACAGGCACCAAAGAGUUCUGGAGUGCAUCAUCGCCUGCCGCAGCAAACCUCCAGAGGAAGAGGAGAGGAAGAAGAGAGGGAGGAAGAGGGAAGAGAGGGAGGACAGGACAGAGAAAAAUGGCAGCAAAGAGGCAGAAGAUAAAAGCUGGCAGGAAUCUGAAAGACUAAAGGGUUUGCUGGAGAAGGAGGAUCAGGAAUCCGAAGUGAUCAAAGAUUCCCCGGACUCACCGGAGCCGCUCAACAAGAAGCCUCGCCUGAUCUCAGAGGACGUUCAGCCUCCAGAGAGAGCAAAAGGUCCUGCCACACUCCUCAGCAUGUGGACCAAUCGGAUCACUGUGGCCAAUUCUAGGAAGCACCAGGAGUUUUUUGGAAGAGCAAGCUCGGUGAACAGCAAGUUUGAGUUGUACCAGCACCUGAAGGAGGAGAACGGGAUGGAUGCCCAUGAAAAUGGAAAAGCUACCAGAUGAUUGUCCAAUUGAUCAGUUUCUCUGGCAAAGACUCUGACGUUCUCCAAUACGGACAAUAACUGAAUUGGAUGGUGAAUUGUAACAAUAAAUUUCUAAUUUUUUUACGCAUCAUUUUGUAGAUAUGAUCUUUACAUACUGUACUAUUCAAUAAAAGCUGUCUGUAGAAAACAAAA